AUGGAGACUCAAUACGCUGUCGACACAACUGUUCAUACCUUCUCGGCCCAAACCCCUCCUGUCGCCUACCAACCUGUCCCUCCCCCCGUCCCUCAGAUGGCUCCAAUUACUCAGCUCGCCGCUGUCUCCCCUCAGACGAAUGGCGCAGCUCCUGCAAAGCCGGCUCAGCCCGCGCCUGCCCCUGCUCCAAAGGCCGUGGCAGCGCUCGCACCCGGCAGUGGCGAGAUCCUCCCCGAGUGCAGGGUCGUCAUCGAAGUCGCAAAAAAGACGAUCUUGUGCGUCAACGGGACUGCUACGUCCGGCUGGAUACAGCGUGUCGAGCUUAUUCCCGACCCCGCUGCGCCUCCCGUUACACUUACGGGACAGGGAAACGCGGCUCUCAAGCAGGCGGACGGAAAGCCCGGAAUUGUGCUCGGCCCGUGGCCCGACACCAAAUUCGUCCCGAUCGUCUUCACCACACAGAAGCCCGGUGAGCCUGGGUUCAAGCCUGCGAAGACACUCGCGGGGGACUAUUCGAAGAAUACAUUGAAGGUGCCGACUUUUGCUCAGUGCUACGUGUUCCACACCGAGGACGGCGGUGACUCGGACGUCCACGAUACGACUCUCGUCGUGUCCCUCAUCGCCUGCACUAAGCCGUGA